AUGGUCCAGGAUGCAAGCCUCAAUUCGCUGCCAAAUGGACGGGGUAGUGUGGGUAGCUGGGACCACAAGUCAUCGCGGAAUGGCAGCGCGCUGUCUCUGAAUGGGGCGGUGAAUGGAGUAGUUGACAAUGAAAGGGGGAGUCCUAUACAGCAGGGCGGUGGGCAGAAUGGGCUGCCUCGAACUUCAAAUGGAGAUAGGAGUUCAGUCGCGUCAACAAACGGAUAUGUUCAGAACGAAACCAUCGAAACAAAGCCAUCAACAAAUGGCGACAGUGAACCUUCGAAAAAGGUCACAAUCCCCCCGCCCAUAUCUACGAACCCACAAAGUACUGGCCCGUUGACAUACAACUCGUCCCUUCUCCCUGCGACUCCGUUGCCAGCCGAAUCACCGUCUCGCGCAGCAACCGCCUCCCCCCAUCGAUUCUCAUCACCUCCUUCAUAUCCUGCCCCACCUGUACCAUCACCGUCCUCCACCUCUGCACAACACCCUGGAGUCACACAAUUGAAGCAUAGGCAUACACUACAAGUGCCAAAAGUUGGCCCAACUCGGAAUUCCCGGGAUGACCAGGAUGCUGUGUUCAGCACAGGAAGAUUUUCACCAACAACUUUGGCAGUAGGCGUAAGGCGAGGCUCCUUGAGCCUCAAUCGACGAAAUACACAAUCAAUACAUUCGAACAUGCCCCACGAAGAGAUACCGCCAGAUGAAGAUGCCAUGCGCUGGGCUGAAGCUGUACGACAAAAACGGGCCAGCAAAAGGAAAAGAAAGGACGAGGAAGACGACGAGAGAGUCGUGGUUGGGACAAGAGUUGACCAGAAUCAUGUUAAUUGGGUGACAGCAUACAACAUGUUGACUGGCAUUCGAUUUACCGUAUCGAGGACAAAUGCGAAGUUGGACAGACCCCUGACCGAUGCAGACUUCGAGGCUCGGCAUAAAUUCUCUUUUGAUAUUACUGGAAACGAAUUGACCCCUUCUGCGAAAUAUGACUUUAAGUUCAAGGAUUACGCACCCUGGGUAUUUCGACACCUGAGGGCGAAGUUCAAGCUUGACCCGGCAGACUACCUAAUGUCUUUGACGUCCAAAUACAUACUUUCGGAGUUGGGGUCACCAGGGAAAAGUGGCAGCUUCUUCUACUUCUCUCGAGACUAUAAAUAUAUCAUCAAGACGAUCCACCACGCCGAGCACAAAUUCCUCCGAAAAAUCCUAAAGGAGUACUACGCACACGUCGAAGAAAACCCCAACACUCUCCUAUCACAGUUUUACGGUCUGCAUCGGGUCAAGAUGCCUUACGGUAGGAAGAUACACUUCGUGGUCAUGAACAACUUGUUUCCUCCCCACCGAGACAUCCAUCAAACAUUCGACUUGAAAGGCUCCACAAUCGGCCGAGAUUUCAAGGAGGAGGACCUCGAGAAGAACCCUCGGGCGACGCUGAAGGACCUCAAUUGGUUACGACGAGGUUUACACUUGGAGUUUGGAAAUGAAAAGAGGCGAAUAUUCUUUGAACAGAUGGAGAAGGAUGUGCAUCUGCUUCAAAGGCUAAAAAUUAUGGAUUACAGCAUGCUUGUUGGGGUACACGAUCUUCAGAAAGGGAACCAAGAGAAUUUGCGCGACAAGACGCUGAGGGUCUUCCAACCAGGGGGAGACAACCCGACGGAAGAUAUUGAGAGAGGUCCCGAUGGAAGAGCACUGCUGAUGAGGACGCCAAGCAAACUGGAGAAUGCUAGGAAAGCCAGGGAACUACGACAGAUCAUUAAGCAAGAGAAACCGAUCCCGAUGGGCCAAAGCAGUUCGAGGAUGCCCGACCACCUUGAGGAAAAUACUGCAAAGCGAGACUUUACUUUCUACAGCGAUGAUGGAGGAUUCAGGGCCACGCAUAAGGAUAACAGUCCGGGGGAUCAGAUCUUCUUUCUCUCUAUCAUAGACUGCCUUACUCACUAUGGUACACUCAAGAAGCUUGAGCAUUUUUUCAAGGGCAUCCACUACGACAAGAGAUUGAUCUCACCCAUAUCGCCAGAUCCAUAUGGCGAACGUUUCAUCCAGUUCAUCGAAGGCAUCACCAAAAGUCCCGAGGAAGCGGCACGGGAAGCACAAAACGCUGAACCGUCUGCAGUUGCCCAUGCCAACUCAAUUCCAGUCUCCAAUCGCAACACCACAUCCAUCGAGUCAGCAAGGGGGCACUCAAUGGGCCUACAAAUGAAAGCCUCCGGAACCUCGAAUUCAACAGUCCAAAGGAACGAGAACGACGCUUUAAAGUCCGAAAAGAGGGGCGAACACGAAUCCGAUCGUCCUGACCCAAGAUUGAUCAGCACGAUCCGUAGUCCCAGCGCAGAACGAUCAGGUGGCCUACAAGGACAAACGCUUCCAGUGGUUGAGGAGAUGGGUGAGGCGAGCAGCACUGGCGGACGCAGCGGCGCGAGCAGAGAACGUGAUGAAAACGACGAAAACAGAAAUGGUGACAGGAGGCCGUUAACACCGGCAAAAGAUAACAAUGACGAUCGGCCAGUAACGCCAGCUAAGGACUACAGUCCCAAUGUUCAUGGAUCGAUGCGGCGACCGAUCAGCAGGAGCAGUCUGGACAAGGAGCUACCACCUCUACCCAAGGUAGCAAGUCCAGCGCCGAUGAACGAUGACGAAUCGGUCUUCGCAUGA